ACAACACACAUAUCUAAUAUACAUGUUUAUAGCACCCAGCAGGUGGUCAGAAAGGGGGUGGUAUCAUAACCGCGGAGGAAGAUGAGUAAACGAAAUCCACAGCCCUCUCCCCGUACUUCAACGGGCCAACGCAAGCCGAAUGUGCAAAAGACGACUAUUCCUCCGCCUCCGCCGAAGCCCCCUCCCCCGGCUCCUGUCCCUGCUCCAGCACCACCUCCGAAGAAGCCGACGCAGCCUCGAGUAGAAUCACCGAUUCUGAGCCCGAUAGCAUCCUCAGUGGCCUCCAGGAGCCAACGAUCGAACAUCAGCCUGAAGAGGCGUCACCUCAUCUGGGUCUACCUGCUGCACGCGAUUCUUUCGACCUGCGCGGUCAUCCAACUGGUGACCCUGCGAGUCCUCAAAAAGGACUUUGGCAAGCUGAUCAGCCCCACGAUCCCGAGCUUCCUGUGGCUGCUCCUGGCAGUGGCCUGCGUUAUGAUCCUGGCCUUUGUGUACUUCGCCAACCAGUGUCCCUGCAACUGCCUGCUGGCCAUCGUCAUCGUGGAAUUGAUGGUGCUCUUUGUGAAUAGUGAAAUGUGGCCGCGUGUCUCGAUGUCCUGGGUGGCUGGUGUCCUCAUAAUCGUCGUGAUCUUGAGCAUCCUGCUCUACAUGAUGGGCAUCUUUCUGCCGCUGAAGGUGCUGCCGGGUCCCGUUUUCAUGAUCAUCCUCACAUUAUGCUGUCUAGUGAUUGUCGUCUCGAUCUACGUCAUUGUGUAUCUGAAUGGCAAUCGCUACAUGUUGCGUUAUGUGUCCAUGGUCAGUCUGCUCUACGCGGCCACCCUCAUCCUCUUCACCAUCACCGUCGUCCAUCAGCGGAGGUUCGAGUACAUGGACCGAUCGGAUAACGUCCUGCAGGCCUCCGUCCUGGCCCUGAUUUUCGUCUACAUGAUACAUGUGGUCUCCACGAUUGUUCGAUUCGGCCAGCAUCUGGUUGAUAAAGUAUAAA